CCCCAAUGCAAGAAAACCCCAAAAGACCCAAACAAUCCACGCUCAAAGCCCAAACAUCAAGUUCAUCUGCUCUAAAGAAACAGCACAGAAAAGUUAAAAGUAUUAAGCCUAUCAAGCUUAACGGCAGAUAUCAAGGAUCAGACACCAAAAUACCCAAAGACCAUGCUCACAACCUGACUCUCAAGAUGACUUACAAUCGCGUGACUUCAGACUUAGACAAAUCCACCUACUCUAAUUUCGAUGAGAAUCUGGAAUAUGAUACAGUAUACCUUAAAAAGAAAAAACCAGCUCAUUUCAAGAUUUCAAGCAAAUCCUUUGACAGUAGACAAAGCGCAUUAAAAAACCACCAUAAAAACUCCUCCAAAGAACCUCCCCACCACCCACCCAACCCUCCUCCCAAAAACAUUAAAUCCCUGAACCGCAUCCCCUCCCAGCUCCCCCACUCCAAAAACCCCACCUCCGACUUCACCCACGCUGCCCACCUCCGAGAAAAGCUCCACAAAGAAUCCGAGGCUGGGCGGCUGAACAUCUCCGCCCCGGAGAUGUUCAGCCCACCCACUCGGAACACUUCCUUAGUGAAGCCUUUCAAGUCGAUCAGGGCCUCCCUCGGGCAGGACUAUGAUCGGUUCCAGAGCGUUUCAUUCUCUGAAGAGAAUGAGGCUGUGCGCCUGGAUAAAAUCCAGGCGCUGCCUGAUACUGAGAAGAAGGUGAAGCGCUGUUUUGAGAUCAUUAAGUCUUUAUAAGUGGAGAGAAUAAGUGACUGAAGGAUGUGGUGACUGAGAUGAAGAUGGUUGUGAAGGCCCAAAGAUCAGAAAUUCUAAGUCUGCAGAAUGAGAUAGAUAACCUUGGUCUCAAAAGACCAAAGCUACUAACCGGAGCCCACCAUUACUCAAAAAUAAUAGGAAUUCCUAAAAAUAGGAAGCAAAAGGACUCUGAAAAGGAGAUACUUACCUUAAAGGAAGAGGUUAAGAAAUUAAGGAAAAUACUAAACUUCUACAGAGAACAGAAUGGGAUUCAUGAAAAUAGCCUCGUCAAUUUUAAGAAUGUAAAUUUCUUCCCUGAAGUAAGUAAGGACUACGAAAACUCAGACAUGAUGUCUGCCUCUUCCACUACAGAAAACAAGAUUAGGAGAAAGAAUAGAGCUAAUAUGACCAUGAAUAAUCUGUAUAAGUUCCAAAAGACUUCAAAAAUUCUUCAAAUUGCUAACAAGGAAGUUCUUUUGGAGAGAUUUGGACGACAGUUCAAGAAAUUGGCCCAAAUCGAAACAAUCAAUGAGCUGUUUGACAAAGCUCAGGAUAUUAUUUCAUCAACCGGUAAUUAGCUUACCAUAAGAAUGAUAAUUAGGCGCAUUUCUUACUGCUUGCAUUUCUAGA